AUCUUUUCUCUCUAAGUGUCAACAAAUCUUCAUCUACUCAAAAGAUUCCUCUUGUUUUGGGUCAUAUUUGCAACUUUCUUAUAAGAUUUGAUUAAUCUUGAAAUUUCCCAAAAAUAUACAAAUGGAAGAAAUUCAAGUUCCUCCUUAUUUUAUUUGCCCGAUUUCACUAGAACUGAUGAAAGACCCUGUCACAAUCUUCACUGGAAUAACAUAUGAUCGAGAAAAUAUUGAAAAAUGGAUAUUCUCUGCCAAGAACAACACUUGUCCGGUUACAAAACAAUCCCUUACAUGCAUAGAGUUGACCCCAAAUGUCACUCUCCGACGAUUUAUCCAAUCAUGGUGCGUCCUCAACGCGUCCCAUGGUAUCGAAAGGUUCCCUACACCAAAGCCUCUAGUCAGCAAACCUCAAAUCAUAAAGCUCCUCAGAGAAGCGAAAUCGGCUAAGAUGCAAAUGAAAUCUCUCAAGACCCUUAGAUCCAUCGCUUCUGAAAACGAUGCUAACAAACGUUGCAUGGAAUCUGCGGGGGUAGCAGAUUUCUUAGCUUCUAUUAUAAAUAAUUCGAAUGAAGUGUUAGACGAAGAGGGUUUCAUGAGUACUAAAGACGAAGCGUUAAACAUUCUCUACCAACUCAAAUUAUCCGAACACGGAUUAAGGUCACUCAUCAUGAGUGGAAAUGGAGAAUUCAUCGAGUCGUUGAUACGUGUCAUGCAACAUGGGAGCUACGAGUCUAGGGCUUACGCGGUGAUGCUAAUGAAAGACAUAUUCGAAGUCUCCACACCAACUCUAAAUUUGAGUUUGAAGCAAGAAUUUUUCACCCAACUGGUUCAAGUCUUGAGGGAUGAGAUCUCUCAAAAGGCGAUGAAAGCAUCAUUGCAAGUGUUAGUGCACGUGUGUCCAUUUGGGAGGAACAAAGUGAAAGCAGUAGAGUCAGGAGCAAUAAGGGUUUUGGUGGAUCUAUUACUCGAUUCAUCAGAGAAAAGGGUUUGUGAAUUAAUAAUUAUUUUAUUGGAUCAAAUUUGUCAGAGCGCGGAAGGGAGAGCUGAGUUAUUGAAUCAUCCCGGAGGAUUAGCCAUUGUGUCAAAGAAAAUACUUAGGGUUUCAAAAGUGGGGAGUGAAAGGGCAAUCAAGAUCUUACAUUCAAUCUCAAAGUUUUCAUCAACACCAAGUGUUGUACAAGAGAUGUUAAGUUUGGGUGUGGUUACAAAGCUUUGUUUGGUGCUUCAAGCUGAUUGUGGAAGUAAAGCUAAGGAUAGAACUAGAGAAAUCCUCAAAUUUCAUGCCAAGGCAUGGAGGAAUUCUCCUUGUAUACCUAAUAAUUUAUUAUCUUCAUAUCCAUUUUAGGAAUUAGGAUGAAAAGGGCAAUAAUUGUUAGAUAGAAAUAGUAAACACAAGAAAGAAAAAUACAAUGGAUUGAUAUACAAAGUCCUCCAGCUUUUCAUACUUUUGGAGAACUUCCAGCCAUCAAGGAGAUUUGUGUACAUAA